CAAGCUACCCAUAUCUACGACGUGUCUGUUUGCAAUAAAGCUGUUAAACAGAUACUGAGUUUUCCUCUGGACCUGCCAGAUAAUGUAGUGGUUAUCUUAUAUACUUGAAUGAGAGACCAUUAUAGCUGGUGUUCAGGGUGGUAGAACUCAGGUUCCUGCCUCCGCUCAAGAAUUGUCGUCAGCUGCCAUACAGGACCGCGAUGAUUGGAGUAACAUGGCUGCUGUUGGGUGCGGCGCUAGCACUGUUUUGGGCAUAUUCGUGGUGGAAACACAGGUUCUGGGCAAAUAAAGGUGUGCCCUCUCCGCCUGUGGUCCCCUUCCUCGGUCAUGCGCAUAAAUUGCUUACCCCAGCUAAAAUGUGUGACUUUGAAAGAGAGGCCUACCUCAACCAUGGUGGAUCAAAAAUAUGCGGUCUGUACUCCUUUCUCAAGCCAAUGUUAUUGGUGGGCGAUCCAGAACUCAUAAGGCACAUUUAUGUGAAAGACUUUGACCACUUUAUGGAUAGAAGGCCCAUGGACAUGCCGAGCGAGAAGGACAAAGUAAUGGCCAACAUGUUGUCUCUGAAGACAGGCGAAGAGUGGAAGAAACUGAGAGCCAUCAUGUCUCCCACUUUCACUUCAGGCAGAAUGAAGGGGAUGUUCCCGCUCGUGUGUAAAAAGGCCGACGACCUCGUCUCCUUCUGCCUGAAGGAAGCACGCACGAAACCCUUUGUCGACAUGAAGUAUAAUUUUGGCCGCUUCGCCAUAGACACAAUUGCUUCCUGUGCCUUUGGUAUUGAAUGCAAUUCACUAGUGGAUGAAAAGGCAGAAUUUGCUGAAAAGGUUGAGACUUUUUUCAAAAUUACGCCGGGAAAGAUAUGCAAACAUGCUUUCCUGAGCUUAUUUCCUAAACUUGCCAAAGUAUUUAAUGUGAGAUUUACAACGCCAACAAUUGAUUUCUUUACGGAAGUUGCCCGUGAGACCAUGCGAGCGAGGCAAAGUGGAAAUAAAAGAGGAGACUUUUUGGAUCUGUUGCUGGAGGCAGAAGUCUCCACUGGCGAUGCCGAAGGAAUCACGGCAAUACAAGACGACAGUAAAUCAUCCAAGUCUAAGCAAGCACUGGAUGAACUGACCAUCAUCUCCCAAAGUGUCAUGUUCCUGGUCGCCGGUUACGAUACUACAGCCUCCACGCUGGCCUUUGCGUCCAUCCUACUUGCCAAGCACCCAGAGAUCCAGCAACGCCUUCGUCAGGAGAUCAGUGAAAUGGUCGAGGAACACGGCGACAUAACCUACCAGGGGAUUAUGGAAGCCAAGUAUCUUGAUGCUUGUGUCAUGGUCUUCCUUUCCACAGAAACGCUUCGUAUGUUCCCACCGGGGCUUUUCCUGGAGCGCAAGUGUGUAAAGGAAUACAAGAUCCCUGGCACGGACGUGACCCUCGAGCCUGGCUUAGUAGUGACAUGCCCGAUCUUCAACAUCCACCGGGACCCGAAGUACUGGCCUGAGCCCGAGGAAUUUCGCCCCGAGCGCUUCCUGCCGGAGAACAAGGCGAACAUCACCAACUUAACGCACAUUCCCUUCGGAAUGGGACCCAGGAACUGUAUAGCGAUGAGAUUUGCCCUCAUGGAAGCCAAAGUGGGUCUGGCCAAGAUGCUCCUUGCCUCAGACAUGAAGUUGGCACCAGGACACGAUGAAAUCAAAUUUGACAUUGGCUUUGGUUUGCUGAGACCAAAAGACGGAGUUAACCUUGUCCUGACACCUUUGAAAGAAGAGUGAAAAAAAGGGAAGGAAAAGAGGGCGACAGAAAAAAGAAAGAAAAAGAGAGUCAUUUUUUCCCUCAAAAGACAGGUCUAGAUUGAGAAAGGACAGAAAGGAAGAACGUGUAUAUCAUGCCUUAUCAGUUUUUGGUUCCUGUACAUUAGAAGAGGGCCUCUGCAGCAAUUAUCUGAAAUCUCGUACUAAAGAAUCUCCAUUAUAACACAGGGAUGAUGGUUGAAAAGUAAAUUAAUGAUAAUGAUAAUAAUGAUGAUAAUGAUAGUAAUAAUUGUAAUGUUACUAAUAGCAAUAAUGAUAAUGAAAAAAGUGAUAGUGAUAUUAAAGAUAAUGCAAACUUUCCCUUUCUAAGUGCAAGAAACACAUUAUCGAAAUAAACAAAAACUGCAAAGGUUUUUGUACGAUUGGAAAGAGUAUAUCAUGAAUUUUAAAAUAAAUGAAAAUAUGAUGGUCACGAUAAAAAGGUUUGGUUAUUUUCGCAUUGUCAGUCAGAUUUUUUUUCCUGUUGGCGUGAAAACCUUUCUAAUGCAGAAUACAUCAUAAGAGAAAAUAAAAUGUAAAAUAUAUUUCUCCAGAUAGAAAGAAAUAUAAAUUCUAGUUCAGCAAUAAUCCUAAGCUUGCUAGAAUGCAGAUGUUAUACAAAUUAAAAAGAAUUAUUAUGAAUUCAUUUAAGUCAUCAGUAUUUCUCAAUAUAUAUUUCUAUUACAAUAAGCCGUAAUAUUGUAGUUACCUACCUUUGUUAAUAGUUGGAGACAAUAUUUUUUUCUACAAAAAAGGUAUCAAAGUUAAUUUCUUCGUCAAAAGAAGUACUAGACUAGACAAUUACCCAAACUGUAAAAUAUCGGGUAAAAAAUCAUUUGUAACAUUUUUGUUAAAAAAAUGGGUUGGUUUCGAUCAAAAAAAUUAAAAAUAUCCAUGCGUGCUUUUAAUCUUUUCGAAUUAACAUGAAAAUAAACAAAGUGACAGGC